AGGCUGCCAUGAGUGACCCAUCCCUGGUGUUUGUGGCUGGAGCAAACACUGUGGAAGAGCAGAGGGCUCGCUGGGAGAGAAAGCGCAGCCGGACAGCCAAGGAGCUGCUGGAAACCGAACACAAAUACCUUGAGCAGCUGGAUUUGGUGGUCACAUUCUUCGUGACAAUUUUGAAGGCCAAAGGGACGCUGAAACCUGCUGUGUUGGAAACCAUAUUUGGACCCCUGGAAUCCAUAUAUUCGGCCAGCCAGGUUCUGUUGCUUCACCUGGAGAGAGGGAGUUUGGGACUAGGGUUGGAAAAUUUCUGUCGGAAUCUGGGGCUUUAUGGUCACUACGCUGAGAAUUUGGAACAGUCAAAUAAAACCUUGAAGGAGCAAUUGAGGAAAAAUAAGUCAUUCCGACGGUUUAAGAAACUCCAGGAGACUCGACCUCAGUUUCAAGGGAGGAAGCUAGAGGAUCUGCUUCCUUUGCCCCUGCAGAGGUUGCACCAGUACAAGCAUUUCCUCAGAGACCUGCUGGAGAACACCAGCCCAGACAGUGCUGAGUACCAGAAACUUGCAAAGGCUGUGAAAUCUGUUUCUGAGGUAUCUCGGUGGGUCCAAGACAUUGUUCGUAAGCGAGAGAACUCAUUGCAGCUACUUCGGGUUCAGAAACUGCUCAAAGGACAGAAGACACAGAUUUUGACUCCAGGGCGCUGGUACAUCCGGGAAGGCUGGCUUUUGGUGGUGCCUUCAAAGGGAGAAGAACUGAAGCGCAGGAUGUUCUUCCUUUUUUCUGAUAUCUUUAUUGCAACAAAGCCCUGCCACCCACUGCACCCGCUGAACUCAAACAAACUGGCAUGCCGGGCCGUCUACCCUCUUCACCAGUGCGUGGUGGAUAAAGUGUUCGGCCACACGCACAGCGAGGGAGGGCUCCUCAGUCUUUCCUUUCCACACAAGACACUGCUGUUGAUGUCCAGCGACCAACAAGAUAUUAAUGACUGGUAUCGGAGUCUCACAGCCACCGUCAGACAGCUGAAAACCUGA